GAACUUCCAGGACAGUAGGCGGCAGUGUGGAGCUCGCUGGACAGCAUUGGAAAGUGGAGACGCGUGAAGCACUUCCUCUGAACUCCAUCCCGGCUCCUUCAGAAGAGAAGACCCCAUCGCUCCAAACAAACAUGUCGGGCCUCCUGAGGACUCUCGCCUGCCGCGCUGCCCCGGCCCUGCGGUCACAUGCCGUCGCUCAGCGGGCGAACAUCUUCACGAAACCGGCCAAGGAGAAGAUCGGCGCACUCGAAACUGUUAUUGCGCUGGGAAUGUUCUCCUUGGCCAUCCUGGGACCAUCUGGGUGGAUCCUGGCCCACCUGGAGGACUACAAGAAGAAAGAAUAGACGGACCAUUUGAACAGACUGCUGCCUGGUGCACACAGCCCUCUGUCUCCAGUGAACCCCCUGGGACCAUAACCAUUGAUGUUCAGCUGCAGAGAAGAAUAUAGUUUUACCUCACUCCUCCACCCUUCUGACUGUUCUACUCCACAUCUCAGAUACACACCAACCGUUCUUAAAACAUUGUGAUCUUUUAAGCAUUUUAUUGUAUGACUUCCCUGAUAAAGGAGAAUGUUACAAGAUUAAAUUUAAAACCCAG